AUGAAUGUUGAUAAAGCCGAAAAUUAUCGUAUUCGAAGACAAUUCAAUAUAACUGGAUUUCCUACUAUUAUCUAUUUUGAAAAAGGUGAAGAAAAAUUUCAUUAUAGUGGUGGUCAUACUAAAGAUGAUAUUAUAAAUUGGCUUAAAAAUCCACAGCCACCUAAAGAACAAACAGACGAGGAAACUGUAACAGAAUUCUUUCCAAUUGAUAGUGACAAUUCUAGUUAUAUUGUUCAUUUGGAUGAUGCAACAUUCGAUGCGUUUAUUACUGAAAAUGCUCAAUCACCUAUUUUAACAAUGUUUUACGCACCAUGGUGUGGACAUUGUAAAAAUUUGAAACCAGAAUUAGUGAAAGCAUCAGUUGAUUUACAUGACCAACAGAGUAAUGCUAUAAUAGCUGCUAUCGAUGCAACUAAAUCACCAAAGUUAGACGGAAAGUAUGCUUUCGAUAUGCAUGAAAGAACAGCUGAAAAAAUUGUUGAGUUUUUAAAAGAUCCAAAAGCACCACCACCACCUGAACCAGAAUGGUCUGAGCAAGAAACAGAUGUUGUUCAUUUAAAUGAAGAAAGUUAUAAAGCAAUUUUAAAGAAAAAGAAAUCUGCUUUAGUAAUGUUCUAUGCACCAUGGUGUGGCCAUUGUAAAAAAGCAAAACCUUUGUAUACUAGUGCUGCAGAAAAAUUUAAAGACAAUCCAAAAGUUAUGUUUUCUGCUGUUGAUUGUACAAAAAGUCAAUCAAUAUGUAAAGAAUAUGAAGUACAAGGUUAUCCAACAAUAAAAUAUUUUAGUUUUGGAAAAUUUAUUUCGGAUUACGAAAGUGAAAGAACAGAAGAAGCUUUUGUUGAAUUUAUGACUAAUCCAGAAGAACAAAUGAACAAACCUAAACCUACACCACCACCACCGGCUGAUCCAAUUGAAUUUUGGAAAGAUUCAGCACCAGGUUAUGAACAUGUUCAUAUGCUUGGAUCAAGUACAUUUGAUUCAAUUAUUGGUCCAUCACGUAAAGCAUUAGUUAUGUUCUAUGCACCAUGGUGUGGCCAUUGUAAAAAUGCCAAACCUGCUUUUGCAUCUGUUGCAUCUCAACUUGCUUCCACACAUCAGGAUAUUGUUCUUGGUGCUGUUGAUGCAACUGUUCAUAGAGAUUUGGGUAGUAAAUAUUCAGUUAAAGGUUUUCCAACAUUUAUAUACUUUGAAAAUGGUGAGUUUGCAUCAGAAUAUCAUGGUGGUCGAGGUGAACAAGACCUUUUACAAUUUUUAAUUGGUUCAACUGACAAAGUCGAAUUAUAA